AUGUUGUCGGCGACUCUCUCUUUCCCUACUUUUGUGGCUUCUUCGAGUUCUCUAUCAAGUUUCAGAAGCCGUAAUUUUCCAAAGAUUCAAGCUUCGCUCUCUAAUUAUCCUCUCGCGAGCAAAAUCAUGGUCAGAAAUUUACCGUUUUCUACAACUGAAGAUCUUCUGCAGAGGGAGUUUUCAGCUUUUGGCGAGAUAGCAGAAGUUAAGCUAGUCAAAGACGAGUCAAUGAAGAGAUCAAAAGGCUACGCCUUUAUCCAAUUCACAACUCAAGAUGAUGCUUUCUUAGCCAUAGAGACCAUGGACCGUCGGAUGUACAAUGGCAGGACAAUUUACAUAGACAUUGCAAAACCCGGGAAGUUCGAUUUCCAACAACACCCGAGGACUUCUGGUCCCCCUGAGAAGCUCCAUGCACCAGAAGAAGUAGCCAGUAAUGAGGUCGCUGAUUGCUGGUAUUAG